UCACUCUUCAAAAAAACAAUUGAACCCUUUCAUCACUCUUAUUCCUCACCCUUUCAAUCCUUAAUUUUUCUCAUACAUUCCUAAAACAAAAAAAUCAUGCAAACAAGAGAAGUAACAACAGGACUUAAUUACAUGCUCCCAUCAAACACAUCACCAUAUCUACAAAACUAUAACAACAUGAUUCAAAAUAACAACAUUUCCUCAUAUCAACUCCAAAAAUUCUCAAACCAAUUAUUUGGUAAUUACCAAAACACCCCUAAUCAAUUUCAUGACUUCAAUUAUAGUCCUCAAUCAUCAUGCAUAAGCAGCAACUCAACUUCUGAUGAAGCAGAUGAACAAAACCUUAGUCUCAUCAAUGAGAGGAAACAUCGAAGGAUGAUAUCGAACCGAGAAUCUGCGCGCCGGUCGCGCAUGAGGAAGCAGAAACACCUUGAUGAACUUUGGUCACAAGUUCUUUGGUUAAGAAAUGAAAAUCACCAACUUAUUGAGAAACUUAACCAUGUUUCAGAGAAUCAUGAUCAAGUUGUUCAAGAGAAUGGUAAGCUUAAAGAAGAAGCUUUGGAACUUCGACAAAUGAUAAGAGAUAUGCAAAUUCAUAGUCCUUUAAUCCCUUCUUUUAGUCCUUUGGAUGAUACAUAUCUUAGAGAUGACUCUUCAAACAAUUCCAUCUCAAGUUCCAUGGAUCUUCUUGGUUAGUUUGAAGACAAUAAGACCAAGAUUUUAUCUAUUUGGUUUAAUUUAUUUUCUUCUUUUUUUGUGUCUAUGUUUAAGUCAAAAUUAGUAGUUUUUUUCUCCUCCCUUGUGAGCUAUAUAUAUGUAAGAGGUGAAAAAGAUAAAUGGCAAUAACUUAAUUUGAGUAUCAUUUAAUAUUUCUCA